GCCGAAGGACGAGAAAUGGUAGGUCGGCUCCAAACGCGUGUGGGAGGCGGCUUGAGAGCGGAAAGCUCCAGACCACGUAAAUGCCGGACAGGUGAUCAGCGCGCCGCGGCGGUUGAGUAGGGGGAUGAGGCCGGUCACACCUCGGACAGGGCCAAGAGUCUUCCAAGAUUCUUCUUUCGAACGCGCGGGCGUUUCUUGCUCUCAGGAUAGCCCCAUUGAAACGAAUCACGGUCGCUUGAGCAGAUAAUUGGAAUCAAGCCCACAGAGCUGUAGACCAGCAUCCUGCCCUCCCUGUAUAGAGUUUGAAGAGUUGUUGGGCAUGUCAAGUGACUUGAGGCUUAUUUUUAUUUUGCCGUUGUCCUAAACCAAUAUGAAGUCCAGGAAGCUUGCUUCAGAAGAUAUGGGAAGAAACAUGAAUCUGAACAAAACAAACCGUAUCCUGCUCACUGUCUUCAUUAUUAUGGCUGUGUUUUGCAGUUCUGGAUAUAUGCUGAAGUGUUACAACUGUCCACUUACUGCUGUGCCAUGUAAGACCAAUAUUACCUGCAGAAGUGGCUUUGAUUCUUGCCUAUUGCUUAAAACUGGUGAAAAGACACUCUCUGAUUGCUAUAAAUAUUCCAGCUGCAACAUGAACCAAAUUAAAGAUGAAUACAAGUUUGACAGCUUUAAUUUCAGAUGUUGCCAAAAAGACCUGUGUAACAGGAGUCCAACCACAAUGAUUAGUACAGCAGUCUUCAGCGUCGCUUCCAUAAUGACCAUGAUCUGGAUACUUGGCGCUUAAGAUGGAGGGGAAAAAGGAUAAUUUUGUUUUCCUAAAUACCUACUGAUUUAUAAAUCAUUCAUAUAUACAUGCUGUCUAUUGUAGACAAUUUUUGCGCCUAGCACAGUUGUUGUGUUGUUUGAGAAAGCAGACAUAGGAAAAAAAAAUUUAUUUUGGAAAAGCUAUAUGUUAAAAUGUAGGGAAAGUACAUCUACAGUGGUAGAUAACUGCAGGUUCUUGAUAGAAGUUAUAAUUCUCUGUUAUCUGGAGUAAAUUCUUUCUCUUGCUUACAGUGAGUUUCACAUCUCUGAUCCGAGUUGUUUGUCCUUUACACUCCAGUUGUGGCAAUGUUACCUAGCCCUUCAGAGGUGUAAGCCACUUUUUUAAGUCAGUAAGACUAUUGUUGGUAUUGAUCAUCAGCUUUUCCUUUAUUUUCUUAUGUUAUUGUUUCUGCUUGAAAAUAUGUUUAAUAAAUGCACCUAACUCACCAUAUUAGAAGUUAUGGUUGCUUUUUGGUAUAACACUUUAACUGCCAAAAUUGUAUUUGUACUGCUUUGUAGCUAAUGCACUGCAUGCUUAUACAUGAAAUGACUCUUGACAGUCUGUUCUGUUGUAAAGCGUAGUUACUCAGACUGGGGUGAUAUCUGCAGUCUUAUUUGCAGUCCCUUAUUCCUGUAGAACUUCUGUAAUGUCUACUCUUUUCCUUUCUUAAAGCACUGUAAAUACACUUAGAGAAGGAUAGAAGUGAACUAUCAAUGUCCUUUUUUUGGAUCCUCAAGAUCUUUAAUCUCUGACAUCUAGAGUUUCCUAUGCUACCCACUACUCUUCAUCUUGGCUACUGUGUCUUUGAACAGAUUGUAAAGGCACCAUGAUUUUCCUUAUUGA